CGUCCAGCAGCUGAUCGGUAAUCCAGAAGAAGUUUCCCCUCAGUUAGGGGGGAGCUCCACUUUGAAGCAGGAGACUCCACAACCACCCUGCAUUAAAAAGGAAGAGGAGGAACUCUGCAUCACUCAGGAGGGAGAGUGUCUUCUAGGACAAGAGGAAGCUGAUUACACCAAGUUUCCACUGAGUAUUCUCUCUGUGAAGACUGAAGAUGAUGAAGAGAAACCACAAGUAGACAACCUCUUAGCUCCACUAUCAGAUAUUGAGGCUGAAGACAAGGUUGAAGAACCUUUGAGCAGCGAUAAAGACUGUGAAGGUGAUAGAACUUACAUUGCCAACAAACACUCUGAAUGCUCUACAAAGAAGAGAGGUAAAACAUGUUUGAGCUGCUCAGUUUGUGCUAAAACUUUUACUAAAAAGAUCCGUUUGACUCGACACAUGAGAACACACACAGACGUCCAGCAGCUGAUCAGUAAUCCAGAAGAAGUUUCCCCUCAGUUAGGGGGGAGCUCCACUUUGAAGCAGGAGACUCCACAACCACCCUGCAUUAAAAAGGAAGAGGAGGAACUCUGCAUCACUCAGGAGGGAGAGUGUCUUCUAGAACGAAAGGAAGCUGAUUACACCAAGUUUCCACUGAGUAUUCUCUCUGUGAAGACUGAAGAUGAUGAAGAGAAACCACAAGUAGACAACCUCUUAGCUUCUCUAUCAGAUAUUGAGGCUGAAGACAAGGUUGAAGAACCUUUGAGCAGUGAUAAAGACUGUGAAGGUGAUAUGAGGACUCACAUUGACAACAAACACUCUGAAUGCUCUACAAAGAAGAGAGGUAAAACAUGUUUGAGCUGCUCAGUUUGUGCUAAAAGUUUUACUAAAAAGAGCCGUUUGACUGAACACAUGAGAACACACACAGGAGAAAAAACAUUUAUUUGUUCAGUUUGUGGCAAAAGCUUUUCUCAAAAUAGCAUUUUGACCGAACACAUGAGAACACACACAGGAGAAAAACCAUAUAAGUGUUCAGUGUGUGGCAAAAGCUGUUCUGUUAAAAGCAAUUUGACUCAACACAUGAGAACACACACAGGAGAAAAACCAUAUAAGUGUUCAGUGUGUGGCAAAAGCUGUUCUGUUAAAAGCAAUUUGACUCGUCACAUGAGAACACACACAGGAGAAAAAACAUGUAAUUGUUCAGUUUGUGGCAAAAGCUUUUCUCAAAAUAGCUCUUUGACUGAACACAUGAGAACACACACAGGAGAAAAACCAUUUAAUUGUUCAGUUUGUGGCAAAAGCUUUUCUCAAAAUAGCUCUUUGACUGAACACAUGCGAACACACACAGGAGAAAAACCAUUUAAUUGUUCAGUUUGUGGCAAAAGCUUUUCUGUUAAGAGCCAUUUGACUCAACACAUGAGAACACACACUGGACUAAGACCAUUUAAUUGUUCAGUUUGUGGUAAAACCUUUCCUCAUGACAGUUCUUUGUGGCGACACAUGAGAACACACGCUGGAGUAAAAACAUUUAGUUGUUCAGUUUGUGGCAACAGCUUUUCUCAAAAUAACUAUUUGACUCAACACAUGAGAACACACACAGGGGAAAAACCAUUUAAUUGUUCAGUUUGUGGCAAAAGCUUUUCUCGAAAUAGCCAUUUGACUCAACACAUGACAACACACACAGGUGAAAAACCAUUUAAUUGUUCAGUUUGUGGCGAAAGCUUUUCUCAAAAUAGCCAUUUGACUCAACACAUGACAACACACACAGGUGAAAAACCAUUUAAUUGUUCAGUUUGUGGCAAAAGCUUUGCUGUUAAGAGCCAUUUGACUCAACACAUGAGAACACACACUGGACUAAGACCAUUUAAUUGUUCAGUUUGUGGUAAAACCUUUCCUUUUAACAGCUCUUUGUGGCGACACAUGAGAACACACGCUGGAGAAAAGCCAUUUAACUGUUCAAUUUGUGGUAAAAACUUUUCUAUUAAGAAUCGUUUGACUGUACACAUGAGAACACACACAGGUGAAAAACCAUUUAGUUGUUCAGUGUGCUGUAAAAGGUUCCAACAUAAAGCAGAUGCAGGAAAACACAUAAGAUCACACAAGGGAAAAUAACCAAUUAGCUGUUUAGUUUGUGGUAUGUUGCUCAUAUGUGGUGACAUCCACCCUACCCAGGACCUCCUCACUGCUUCUUUCACAAAUAUCUGAGGUGUUUAUACAAACUUGGAUUAUUUGGAGCAUAAUCUUAUCUACUCAUGACCCCAUGUCUUCUCUGUAUCUGAAACCUUCCUGAACAGUAAGAUAGAUGAUGCUUCAAGUGCUUGGUUACUCCUUCUUUAGUCCAGGGACCUGGGGCCUCAUGUGUCAAGUUUGUGCACGCUCAAAAACCUGCACUACACCUUUUUUCACUGCAAAGUUGAGAUGUAUCAAAACUGACGUUGACGCAUAAGUGAUGCUGGGUAACUGUUUGUAUAACAAACUGCCAACUUUUAUUCCUCAGACUGAUUGAUGUGCAAAUCAGAGACAUAUGAACAAUUAACCCCCAACACCCACAACCCAACCCCCACCUCCCUCGACAUUCGCGCAUAACCGGUUCGAGAUGAGUUUGCGAAGUGUAAAAUUCAGCUGCAUUUUUAAUGAAAGAAACUGCUGUUCUAAUUGUGUCCACUGGAUGUCACAAAAGCAAUUCUGUUAGGCAAGCAAAUAGUUUAUACCGGGGCGAGCAAGUAUACCAAGCAAGAGGUACACGGUAAAGUGGGGCUGUGAUUCCUCCCCCUUGACCCAAUCAGUAACCCCACUUAAAAUAGAAUUGAAUAGAAUUGAGUUUUAUUGUCAUUAUUACAGUCAACCGGUUCAAAGAACAACGCAAAUGGAGCAGAUCCCCUAAGGUGCUUACACAAUAAUUUUAGUAAUGUACAUGACCGUUCAAAAGUUUGGGGUCACAUUGAAAUGUCCUAAUUUUUGAAGGAAAAUCACUGUACUUUUCAAUGAAGAUAACUUCAAACUAGUCUUAACUUUAAAGAAAUACACUCUAUACAUUGCUAAUGUGGUAAAAGACUAUUCUAGCUGCAAAUGUCUGGUUUUUGGUGCAAUAUCUACAUAGGUUUAUAGAGGCCCAUUUCCAGCAACUAUCACUCCAGUGUUCUAAUGGUACAAUGUGUUUGCUCAUUGGCUCAGAAGGCUAAUUGAUGAUUAGAAAACCCUUGUGCAAUCAUGUUCACACAUCUGAAAACAGUUUAGCUCAUUACAGAAGCUACAAAACUGACCUUCCUUUGAGCAGAUUGAGUUUCUGGAGCAUCACAUUUGUGGGGUCAAUUAAACGCUCAAAAUGGCCAGAAAAAGAGAACUUAAAUCUGAAACUCGACAGUCUAUUCUUGUUCUUAGAAAUGAAGGCUAUUCCACAAAAUUGUUUGGGUGACCCCACACUUUUGAACGGUAGUGUAAAUAGUAAAAAAGAUAAGAAAGAAGAUAUGUAUCUAUAUACUGUAUAUGUAUAUUUUCACACACAUGCAUAUAU